UUCCAAAUCACAAACACAAUCACCUUUCUCCAUUUCCCCUCAAAUUUGCCUCAAAAAUAGCAAAGUAAAAGGAAAUGGAGAUCUCAAAGCUUUCAACCUUUGUUGUGUUCUUGGUUUUAGGCUUGGCCCAUUCUUCACUGGCCCAAAAUUUACCCAAAGAUAUUGUUUUAGUCCACAACAAGGCCCGUGCAGAAGUUGGUGCGCCACUUCCACCACUAAAAUGGAACCAUACACUUGCUGCCUACGCCCAUGAAUAUGCCUCUACUAGAUUAGCUGAAUGCACAUUGGUGCAUUCAGAUUCACCCUAUGGUGAAAAUCUUGCCAUGGGCGGCGGUGAUUUUACCGCUGUGCAGGCUGUUAAUAUGUGGGUAGGAGAGAAAUCGAACUAUGACUAUGCAUCAAACUCUUGUAGAGAAGGAAUGUGCGGACAUUAUACUCAGGUUGUCUGGAAAAAUACCCUUCAAGUUGGAUGCGCCAGAUUGAAAUGCACAAAUGGUGAAUGGUGGUUUGUGUCAUGCAACUAUUACCCACCUGGAAAUUACAUUGGCGAGAAACCUUAUUAAUUGAUUAAUUAAUUAAUCAAUUGGGAUGCAUGGUUUAUUUCAAUAAUUUUAUAAUUAAAUUACGUUCAUAUGCCAUGCAAGUUAAGUAUAUAUAUAUAAAUAUAUCAUAUAUAUGUAAUGUUCUAAUUUUCGACAUGUAAUAGCUGGGGAAGUUGUCCUUAGCUUGGCCCUGUGACAAAAUGGUUUUUAAUUAAUAAAUUAAAGACUAAUUUUGGA